UUACAUAUUUUUCCGAUAGUUACAUAAUUUCACAAUACAGGUGGUUAUGUGCUUAAUGCAAAUUUGUAAUUUUAUCAAUAUGCAAAAAGCAAUAUGACCGCCAAAAACUGCGUGUUGCUUUUAAAAUCGACGAGUUCGGACGGCGAGGACAAGUACAAAAAAUUACUACACCAGAAUAAUUUCAAUGUUGAGUGUGUAAAUACUUUAACUUUUCAAUUCAAAAAUAUCAGCGCGCUAAGUGAAAAAUUAAAGGCACCCGAAAAUUACGAGGGUGUGCUCUUGUCAAGUCCCAGGUGCGUUUCUGCAUUGCAACAGGCUUCCUAUAAUAAUGUGCUCGAUAAAUGGAAAGGUAAACAUAAUUUUGCGGUUGGUGAAACCACUUGGAAGAUAGCCCUUGAACAACUUGGGUUGGAUUGCAAAGGAAAAGACUCCGGCAGUGCCAUAAAAUUAACAGAGGUUAUAUUAAAGGAAAAAUCACAAUAUAAAAACCUAUUUUUAUUACCCCAUGGUAACCUAGCAACCGACACACUGACCUUAGAACUACAAAAGGCGGGAUUGGUCUUGGAUACAAUAGAAAUAUAUGAUACUUUACCGAAUCCAAACAUUGAACCAGAACUUUUUAAUGCUACUGAUGGGUUUAAAUGCAUUCCAGAAUACAUAGUUUUCUUUAGCCCUUCCGGUGUUUCAACCACCAUUUCAUUUAUCGAGAUGUUUAAGGACAAUUUUGGAGCAAUUAAGUUUAUUGCAAUAGGACAAACUACUAAAGCAGCUUUGGAACAACUCAACCUGACAGUUUAUGGAGUGCCAAAACAGCCAAAUCCACAAGAACUUUUAAAUGUGAUAUUAAAUAAAUAACUAUUAAAUAAAUAUAUUUGUCACAGAUAACGCCAUAAAAUUAAAUUAAUUAAAAGUGACGAUCUAAAAGGUAAACUUUCAACAAUUUCCAAAAAACAAAUAUAAAUUUAUUAAA